GAUAUCUUCAAUGUUCUUCUCAAUGUCUAAGCCCGCAAAUUACCAAUAUUCCCUUCCACAAUUAAGCUUCUAAAUUUCUCGCAUUGCAUUCAUGGCCACUCAAAGACCCUCUUCAUCUACUUCUAAAGUUAGUAAGAAAAGAAAAAGAGAUCAUUCAUCUUCGCCUCAUUGGAAACAUGAAGUUUUCCUCAGUUUCUAUGGCAAAGACACUCGCAAGGGUUUUACGAGUCAUCUACAUGAUGCUUUAAAACGGAAAGGCAUUCUCGUCUUUAAGGAUGACGAAACACUCAAGCAAGGAGAAUACAUUUCUGAAGCGCUUCAGAAAGCUAUUCAAAAAUCACAAUACGUCAUCGUCAUUCUUUCUGCAAAUUAUGCUUCUUCCAAAUGGUGCCUCAUGGAACUUGCCGAGAUCGUUGAAUGGGAGGAAAAGACGAAGCUGAUCACAAUUAUUCCUAUUUUCUACCAUGUGGAUCCUUCAGACGUAAGAAAUCAACGUGGGACUUUUGCAAAAGCUUUUGCCGCACAUGAAAAAGCUCCCAAGGUAAUAUUACCGGAGAUUGAUAUGUGGAAAAAAGCUUUCAGUAAAGUGGGUAAUAUUACCGGAGAGCACAUACACGAUAGGUGCGAAUCAACAAUUAUACAAAAAGUCUGUGGACGUAUAUCUAAGGAGUUGAAUUCUAGAUUCUCACGUCAUGAUUACGAUAAACUUGUAGCAAUAGACUCCCAUGUAGAUGAAAUGAUGAAGUUAUUGGAUAUGGAAUCGAACGAUGUUCGCUUUGUAGGAAUUCAUGGGAUGGGUGGUGUUGGUAAGACAACGCUGGCCCAAAUAAUUUAUGAUCGAGUUUUUAAUUCUAAUUGUCGAUUUGAAGGAAGCAACUUUAUUUCUUGUAUUAGAGAAAAAUCUACUACUGCUCGUGACCUAGCUUCUUUACAAAAAGAACUCCUUUCUACAAUCAUGCAAGAAAAAAUACAUGUAUGGGAUCAUCACCAGGGAAUCAAGGUGAUAAGAAGCAUGUUGCGUAAUAAAAAGGUUUUUAUCGUCCUUGAUGGUGUGGAUAGUGAAAAACAAUUAAUGGCACUAUGGAGUCAUGAUUGGUUUGGUCCAGGGAGUAGGGUGAUUAUAACAUGCAGAGAUAGUCAUCUGUUGAAAACACAUGGAGUGAAUGAUAUCUAUAAGGUUGAGCAGCUUGAAACUACUGAAGCUUUGCAACUCUUCAGUUUGUCAGCCUUCGAGCAAACCCAUCCAAGGGAUAAUUACAAGGAUCUAUCUAUGGACUUUGUGAAUUAUGCUCAAGGCCUUCCUUUAGCUCUAAAAGUUUUAGGUUCCUUCUUAUUUGGGAGAACAAUAGAUGCCUGGACAAGUGAGAGAGAUAAACUAAAACCAAUUCCUAAUCCAGAAAUUAUGGAUGUACUUCAAAUAAGUUUUGAUGGGCUGCAGGAUUUGCAAAAAGAGUUAUUUUUGGAUAUGGCGUGUUUCUACGGAGGACAUGAGCACAUAUUUUCUGAGAUGUUAUUAGAAAGAUUUGGUCAUUAUCGCAUCGACCUUGAUGUUCUCGUCGAGAAGUCCCUCCUAAGCAAAUCAUAUAAGGGAACGUUGAUCAUGCAUGAUUUGCUAAAAGAACUGGGCAGGGAAAUAGUUCGCCGCGAAUGCCCUGAAGAACCUGGACGACGUAGUAGACUGUUUCGUGUAGAGGAUCUCUAUCACGUACUGAAGAAUGAUACUGGAACUGAUGCAACUAAAGCCAUGGUCGUGGAUUUUUGUCCUGAAACGAAAGUUCGGAGACUCAACGGCAAAGCAUUGUCAAAGAUGAGAAAAUUGAGAUGUUUUAAAUUUCAUCAAUCUCGAACUUUAAAAUGGCAUGGAAAACCCUUAAAAUACAUGCCAACCAAUGAGUUGCGAUACCUAGAGUGGCCUGGAUAUCAUUCGAAAUACUUGCCAAGCAAUUUCCAACCUGAAAAUCUUACUGUACUAAGGAUGCCUGGCAGCCGUAUCAAACAACUAUGGAAGGGGUCGAUGGUUUUAGACAAUUUGAAGGUAUUUGAUCUGAGUUAUUCUGAGAACUUGAUUGAAAUACCAGAUUUGACUGGAGUCCCAAAUCUUGAGAGAGUAUACCUGGAAGGUUGUAGAAGCUUGUGUGAGGUCCACCCAUCCAUCGGAAGUCUAAAACAAUUAAAUGAAUUGCAACUUGACAAAUGUACAAGCCUUGAGAAGUUACCAGACCUGAGUAAUUUGGAAUGCCUGACUGAUCUUUGGGCAGAGGAAACUGCUAUAACACAAAUACCAUCUGUCAAUCUAAUGCCCAAGAGCAUCCGUAGGUUCCAUCUUCAAGGAUGCAAGUCGAUGCGACUUAAAUCAAGAGAUCCCAUCUUUGAUAUCGGAUCACUUGUAGAAUAUCAGAAGGAAGGAAUAUAUGAUUACGUAGAAGCAGCGUACAUUGAUUUUGACAGCAAAGGAGAAAAUAUUUUAGACAUGGCAGGUGGAGUUGUUUCGGCUUUAGACGAUGAUUUGAAGAUGAUAAGAGGAUGGUCGUUAGGAUUCCACAUUCCAGAGUGGGUCUAGUAUAAAAGUAAUGGCUCAUCUGUAAAGAUAGAUUUGGAUGCUAAUACGAAUCCGGAGAUGGGGUGUGCUUUAUUUAUUGUUUGUGUUUCUGAUCAAUUCUUUUCCCUUCAUUGGGAAGAUGCUUCAAUUUCUUCUUUAUACAAGGGAUGGAUUACAAGCAGGUCAGAGGUGAGGCUUAAAUUAGAGUUUGAGACGGAAGAAUAUUGUGAGGAAUAUGAUUGUUUGGAUUGCAGAUUAAUAACUCCUCCCUUGAACGUCUCUUUUGGUAAGCGAGUUGGAUUCUGGGUGUAUAUACCGGCGGUUUUGCAGUUAUUGGACAUACGGAAGGUCAAUAGGAUUUCAUUUGAAACUGGCUGGCAUCCGUAUUUUUCCAAGAGUCUUGAAAAAGUAGAAGUGAAAGAAUGCGGAUUGCAUUUAAUAUGUCCAGAUGAUGCUAAUUCAAAGUUCUUUAAUUGCAUUACUCCUUUUGGCCGUUCAGGAUCUUCUAAUUCAGAUUUCCAUCGACAAUUUGUCGGCUAUAUGAAAAAGAAGGAGGCAUUGUAACAUUCUAUGUUCUUCGGGAAAAAAAAGAUGAGGAACAUUAUGUGGAUAUGUUCUGCGACCUUGAGUGAGCCAGUGUAAUCGAUCCGAAGCGGCAUGUGUCUGAUUCUUAUAAAGUCGGUUCCUCAAUCUGGCUAGUAUCGGGUUUGUUCUUCGGGUGUUAAACCGACCGAAUAUAGAUUUGUUCUUACCUUUUCAGUUCUCUCACUGUCAGUUGGUCUUUUUUGAAUAAAUAGAGUUUGUUUUGUAACUUUUUUUUAGUGCCAUUACGGUGGCAUUUGAAUUGAGAAGGGUCAUUAACGCGGUUUUAUUCUUAAUUCAUUAAUAGCUUUAAUGGUUCAAGAGUUACUGUACGUUACAGAGUUAGCUACGUAUUUUUAAAGAAAAAAUUAUG